AUGAUAUCGUCUUUAGGUACUCAACCAUUAGAUAAAUGGAUGACAUUACCAGAUAUGGGUUAUAUGAUAGCAAAACAGUAUAAUGUCAUUCUAGUCUCUUUGGGUUAUCCUAGUUUGAGUUUAUUUCCUAUGAUGACUUCACAUUCACCUAAUGUGCCCAUUUACUGCAUUGGUUUUGUAAACCAAAAUCAUUGGGUCCAGGUAAACAUGAACGAAGGAUUUCCUUUGCCACCAGUUACAUUGUAUUGGAAGAAGUAUCGCACAUCAGACGCAACUUCUUAG